AUGGCAAUGAUAAAUAUUCCUCGCACGAACACCGAUCCAUUUAAUCGUUACAAAAUGCCAAGACUUGUAGCCACGGUAACAAGAGCAGGUAAUGCUUGUAAAACAAUUUUGGUAAAUGUAUCAGCGGUAGCUAAAUCUCUCCAUCGUUCACCAAUAUAUAUAACAAAUUAUUUUGGUUUCGAAUUGAGUACAUCAAUACGAAUGGAUGUAACAUCGAAUUUGUAUAUAAUUAAAGGGGCACACAAUCAAGAAAAAUUGCAAGAUUUAUUGGAUGAUUUUAUAAACAUACUCGUAUUAUGUCGUUAUUGUGGAAAUCCUGAAACUGAAUUAGUACGUCAAAAUUUUAAUAACAUAUUAUUUAGAAGUAAAAAGAAAUUUGCUAAUCAAUUAAAUGAUCCUAUUUCAAUUCAAGAAUUGAUAACUGAAGCCGAACGAUUGAAAAUAGUGGAAAAAGCUCCAUUCUAUGUUGCUGAAUGUUUAUUUACUGAUCAAAUUCUUAAAGAAAUUGAAGUAUACAAAACACUACUUUAUAGAGUAUGUUUUCAAUUUAUAGUAUAUGGUGCAUUUUUUUUAUCAGAAUGA